GGAACUCUUUUUUAAAGUUUUAUUUUGUUUUUUUGUUUUUAAUUAUUGCUUCUUCCCCUCUUUUUAUUGCUUUGGCUUGGGAGAUUAAUUUACUUCAUUGUUACCCACAAAUUUGAUGGCCUCUCUCUUUAGAUUGUUCACUUUAUUCUUCUUUGUUGUGAUCUCCAACUUCCUCCUUCUGCCCAAUGUUGUUCUUUGUGAUGUGAAAGACGACAACAUUCUAGAAGCCAUCAACCAAUACCGGCUAUCAAAGAAUCUAUCAAGUCUUUCUUCUAACAGAAAUGCAGCAUGUUUGGCUAGUAGACUUGCUUAUAAGCUAAGAGAUGAGCCUUGUUCAAGUGCAGAAAAUUUCAACAAGGAAAUUAGCUCUGAAGCUAAGCUUGCAGAUUUCCCUAAACUCUUGAAAAAAUGUCACAUAGCCUACAACUCCUCUGUUGAUGGCAUCAUUCUCCCCGCUUGCGUCCCCAAGCUCGAACCUGCAUUCGUCAUUAGUAACUACAGCAAUUCCCACGAUGUCGAAUACAUCAACGACGGGAACUAUACGGGUGCUGGGGUUGGGACGUUCGACAAUAAUUGGGUUGUCGUCGUUCUUAGCACCAAUACGUCGACCGGGGACUAUGCGAGUGGUGGUUCGACGUCUUUGGUUGUUGUUGGGGGUGGUCGCAUCGGUGUGAUGGUUGCAUUGUUAGGGAUGUUUGUUUCAGCUUUGUUAUUUUGAUACUCUUUUUUUUUUUCUUUAUCUUGGUUGAGUUCUUGAUCUCUUCCUUGGAAAAGGCCUUUUGUUUGGGUUUUAUGCAUUAUACUUGUUUCUUGUUAUGGGCA